AUGGCGGAGAGCGAACAGGCUGAUCGUACUGCUCCUAAGAAACAGAAGCAGAGUGAAUCUCUGCCAGAUGAGUCUGACCUUCUCACUGUCCCUGAUGGAUGGAAAGAAGAUCCUUUCACUAAAGACCAUAACCCUCAUGGGCUGCUGGAGGAGAGCAGUUUUGCGACAUUGUUCCCCAAGUACCGGGAAGCUUACUUGAAAGAAUGCUGGCCACUUGUUCAGAAAGCUUUAAGUGACAGUUUUGUCAAAGCAGAGUUAGAUUUAAUUGAAGGAAGCAUGACUGUCACCACAACCAAAAAGACAUUCGAUCCGUAUGUAAUCGUCCGAGCUAGAGACUUCAUAAAGCUGCUAGCCAGAAGUGUCCCAUUUGAGCAGGCAGUGCGGAUUCUCCAGGAUGAUAUGGCUUGUGACAUCAUUAAAAUAGGUUCACUAGUCCGAAACAGGGAAAGGUUUAUCAAGAGAAGACAGAGGAUUUUGGGACCCAAGGGAUCAACCUUAAAGGCUCUGGAGCUUCUAACAAACUGUUACAUUAUGGUCCAGGGGAAUACAGUAUCUGCCAUAGGACCAUACAAUGGGUUAAAAGAGGUUAGAAAAGUGGUUCUGGACACAAUGAAGAAUAUUCACCCAAUAUAUAAUAUUAAGGCUUUAAUGAUUAAGCGAGAGCUAGCCAAGGACCCAGAACUAAGAAUGAAAAACUGGGAGAGAUUUCUACCUAAGUUUAAGCACAAGAACGUGAAUAAGAGGAAAGAACCGAAAAACAAAAAUAUCAAGAAAGAAUAUACACCAUUCCCACCACCUCAGCCAGAAAGUCAGAUUGAUAAAGAACUGGCAAGCGGCGAGUACUUUUUGAAGGAGAGCCAGAAGAAACGUAAGAAAUUGGAAGAAACUAAGGCAAAACAAGCUGAAGCGGUAACAAAGAGACAGGAAGAGAGAAACAAGGCUUUUAUUCCACCUAAGGAAAAACCAAUGACAAAGCCAAAGAAAGCUUCAACAUCUAACAAAAUUGAUGUGAAUGCCAUUAAGGAGAAAGUAAAGAAGGCAAAGAACAAGAAACUUGGUGCACUUCCUGAAGAGGAAGUAAAACAGAAAUUAGCUGUGGCUGAGAAGAAAAAGAAGAAGAAAUAAUGGUUUUUUUGUACUCUAUGAACAUUUCAAAGCGUGACUAUAAAUCUAUAUUUUAUCUACCGUUCAUUGAAGAUUCAUCUGCCAACUAACUUAAAAGAUGCUGCUGGGAAUAAGUUCGGCCAUGCCAUCUUCUGGAGGACAAUGCGCAAACAAUAUAUUUAUUUAAAAAACAAAAAAAAAGUUUGAAAGUGCCCACGGAGGAAGCUCUAAUCAACCCCUUUUCCAACUCCCUACUGAUUUAUAGUAAUUGUUUUGCUGUCAUACAACAUCAUUCCUUUCUUUUUAGAUAAACAAGUGCUGUACUAUAGUGGUCUGUAAAGAAACAUUCAUUACUGCCAAGGAACGUGCUAGAUAGGAUGUGGGUAGCUGCAGUAAUGAAUAAUACAGAAAUCCCUCAGUGCACAUGCAACUUGAUCAAAAUUUACAUUUUUACAUUGUGAAAGAAAGUCUUUUCUAGCUAGCUUCUUUUAGGAUUGAUGGUCCAUAACUCAUUUACAAUCUGAAAUGUAAUUAAAACCAAACAUUUUUUUAAAUAAAUUUCACAUUAUCCCAUAUGAUUGUUUUAUAGACUAGUAACCAGAGCAGAGUCUAACAUAACAGAUCUAAUUUAAAUAUUUCUGUAUAGGAAAUUCAACAGUACUAGAAAUUGUCUAAUUCUGCAUUUAGCUACAAAAAGCACAUGCCAGAAGUAGUUUCAGCAACAUGUUUACUAUUAUAAACAGGGUUUUUUCUAAUUGUUACAUGAAAACAUUUGAACUCAUGACAUCAUUAUAUUUAGAGGCAUAACAUUACUAGAAACUUCAGUUUUAGAUUCAAACUAUAACAAUUUGUAUUUUUUUGUGGCAGAAAUACUGUAUUAAUUUUCUAACAUUAGGAUGUCUGAUGUGAACACAUGUUAAAUUACAUUGCUAUUUUAAACAUGUAGGGGGAUAUUUGUGCAAAAUAAAAUCUGCUAAAAAUAUGAGGACAAAUGCAGUCAAUCUUAAAGGUACGAAAAUAAGACAGUAUAACGUGCAAAACAAGAAA